AUGACAACCACUCAAACUCAGACUAAUAAGGUUUUUCUAAACCAAAACGUACACACCAAUGAGCAAAUCAAACAGUUAGCGACUAAAGUAGACGCGUUGGCCAUUCACAAUAAGAUGCUUGAAACACAAAUCUCUCAAGUGGCACAACAACAAGCACCUACUGCAGCACCUGCCGGGACAUUUCCUGGAAAGCCACAACCGAAUCCGAAAGGACAUGCUCAUGCUAUUAUUCUGCGAAGUGGUAGAGAGAUGGACAAACCGACUGACCCUAGGCUUAAAAACUCUGCUAUGUUCCAAAGCCCUAGUAAAACAACUGAGGAGGAAAGUGGACCCAAAGAUAAACCAAGUAACCCAAAAAAGAAAGAGGCCAAGGAAGGCGAGACAGAGGAAAAAGAAGCGCCAUAUGUACCUCCACCACCCUAUAAACCACCUAUUUUGUACCCUCAAAGAUUCAAAAAAUCUAAAAGCAUAGGGCAGUUUAAGAAAUUUGUAGAACUUCUUAAACAAUUGAACAUUACAAUUCCUUUUACAGAAGCUAUUACACAAAUUCCCUCAUAUGCUAAAUUUCUAAAAGAAAUCCUAUCGAAUAAGAAAAAAAUAGAAGACAAUGAGACCGUAACACUCACCGCCGAAUGCAGUGCAAUAAUCCAAAAUAAAAUGCCACCUAAGAUGAAAGACCCAGGAAGUUUCUCCAUACCUUGCAAUAUAGGAAAAUCUGUCAUAGACAAAGCUCUGUGCGACUUAGGAGCUAGUAUUAGCCUAAUCCCUUUGUCCAUUUGCAAGAAACUUAACAUGGGAGACCUAAGACCAACCAAAAUGUCAGUACAACUUGCAGACCGUUCUGUUAAGUAUCUUGUAGGUGUUCUUCAAAAUGUACCCGUCCGCAUCGGACAAUUCUACAUUCCUACAUAUUUCAUAAUUAUGGACAUAAAGGAAGACGUCAAUACCCCUAUAAUUUUAGGAAGACCGUUUCUGGCCACAGCUGGAGCUAUUAUAGGCGUAAAGAAAGGCAAGUUGACAUUCGAAGUAGAUGAGGAGAAGGUCGAAUUUAUUCUAACACAAUUCCUUCAAGCCCCAGCUAUAGAAGAUACAUGCUAUCUGGUGGACGUUAUUGAUGAAUGUGUAAGAGAGAUAGGAUUAUUAGAAGAAUAUUACUCUGAAGUUAUAAAGAUUCCAAUGCCCUUGAUUUUCGAAGAUGACAAUUGGCGUUCAGAAUAUCGAGACGAUAGCUUAAGCGAAUGCUUAGCUUUAACACCCAACCCUAUGCCUUGCCCUAAGAAACCAACCUUGGACCUUAAGCCAUUACCCAAGACUCUUAGAUAUGAAUUCCUAGACAAUGAGCUCAAAAGACCAGUAAUAGUCAACGCAGAGUUAGGAGGAACUGAAACUGAAAAACUGUUAUAA